AUGAUCUUCAAUGCUCAGACCGUAAGCGUCUUUUGUCCUAGGAUGAAUGACUUCAGCGCGAUCGAGAAAGCGGUUGGGAAUGUCAGCCUGGCGACAGAAGACGGCCCAUCCAACUACCAAGAGGCAGGCGGAGCUAGCUCCCCGGAGACGGUUCUGGCUUUGAAGGCCAUGGUAGACUCCCUCAUGUCCGAUAACAAGGAACUGAACAAGAGACUGAGCACAAUUGAGGCCAAGGUGACCAGCAUGGACGCAGGGUUUAACAGGUUACUCGGGGAUAGUAGCGUCGAGCUCCCUGACGAGGGAACCACCAGGAACAGGGACAUGAAACCAGCCACGGACCAGGGCACUACAGCCUGA